UUUAUAAGUGGUUUCUUAUAUUGGUUUUGUGGUGCACAGGAAAAAACUGAUGACAAUGCUCCAAUGCCUACCUUUUUUCACUUCCUUGCUUUACUUGCCUUCAAGAUAUUUGCAGACGAGCAGGUGGAUGUUUGCAUAAUGGAGGUUGGAUUAGGUGGAAAAUACGAUGCCACAAAUGUGGUUCAGGAACCAAUUGUGUGUGGUAUAACUUCUCUUGGUUACGACCACAUGGAAAUUCUUGGGAACACUCUCGGAGAAAUUGCUGGUGAGAAGGCUGGAAUCUUCAAGCAUCGGAUUCCAGCAUUUACAGUGCCUCAGCCUGAUGAAGCAAUGCAUGUACUUAAAGAGAAGGCUUCUCAGUUGAAUGUACCUCUUCAAGUGACAGCCCCAUUAGAUGCCAAGUUGCUAAAUGGUUUAAGACUAGGGCUUGAAGGUGAACACCAAUAUAUAAAUGCUGGUCUUGCUGUUGCAUUAAGCUCUACAUGGCUGAAUAUAAAUGGGAAUCUCGACGAGACUCAUUUGAAACAGACACAACGUACUUUGCCAGAGCAGUUUAUAAAAGGUUUAGCAACUGCAAAUCUGCAAGGAAGGGCUCAGAUUGUUUGUGAUCAACACAUCAACAAAAAAAUCUCAAAUGAACUUGACUUCUUUUUAGACGGGGCUCAUAGCCCUGAAAGCAUGCAAGCAUGUGCAAGGUGGUUUUCUCUUGCAAUCAAAGACAACAACCAGACCUUCUUUAAUCAGAAACCUGAUAAUUCCAAGUUCUCAAAUGAAGUCGCGAAGACGCACCAAGGCGAAGCACAAAAAUCUGCACAGAUUUUGCUGUUCAAUUGUAUGUCGGUGCGAGAUCCUCAGUUGCUUCUUCCUCACUUGGUCAAAACUUGUGCUGAUCAUGGUGUGUACUUCAAGAAGGCGCUAUUUGUACCUGGUUUAUCAGUGUACCACAAAAUUGGAUCCCAUGCUUUAUCACCAACUGAUUCUAACAUUGACCUGUCAUGGCAGUUCACUCUACAAAGGGUAUGGGAAAAUAUCAUGCAAGGGAACAAAGCAGGCAAGAACAUUGGCGGUGCUUCAGAAGAAUUAACUGGUAUGGAAAUGAGUGUCAGCAACUGUGAACACAGUGCGGUGUUUUCAUCAUUGCCGCUGGUUAUCAAUUGGCUUAGGGACAGAGUGCAACAAAACCAGUCCACUCGGUUUCAGGUCCUUGUAACUGGUUCCAUACAUCUUGUUGGUGACGUGUUGAAGUUAAUCAAGAAGUGAUUUGUUGGACUAAAUUGAAAUUUUGUUUAUUUUCUGAUUUCUAAGUAAUGAAGUGCCACGAUAAUUCUCGAUAGUAUCGAAGAAGGUAUCUGUGUCAUUCACAGCUCAUUGAGAGUGGUUCGGAAACUGCUAAUAGAAUGUUAUCAACACAACAUCAUCUUUGUUUGGUUUUGGAUCUUCAUGUGGUAUUUCAAUCUUCAGCAACAGGAUUGUAACUUUCUUUAUGUGGUAUUUCAAUCUUCAUUUCAUUUAAUAGAAAAAGAUGUGGGUGGAUUUAAGGGUGAAGAGGUACAAACAUGUUCCUAUUCCUUUUAUAUCUACUAGUACUAAAUCCUUGAUUGAAUGUUCCUCUUGGACUAGGCUAUAUUUUAUAGACCAACUUGUGUAUUUUUAGAAUUAAGAUAUUCCAAACACACAAUUGUAGAUAACUAAUCUAUUGAAGUAACUGUGAAAUAUUUAAGGGUUCAUCUCUUUCAAUA